GAAUCCGCUCAGAUACUGAUGCACCUGUACGAAAAGUCCGAUACCGCAUAUUGUCAAAAUGUCAAACUGAUAUUUCGAGCGCUUCGCCACGUGCGCUGGAAAUUUAUUCCACAUAUCUACGAAGCUCGAAGCGAGUUCUACAAUUACCUGCAAAGACCGGAUUCCAAACAAGCUUUUGUUACUGAGUUUCAGAAUUCUUUUAACAUUGUGCUCAGCGAGAUGCGAGCGGAUGAGGAAACCAAAGCUGAUUUGCACUGUCGUGUAGACGACUUACGCGAUACACUAUAUGAAGUCAUGGAUGAAAAUAAGUUGGCCAAUGAGAAUCGGAUUACACAAUGUUUGAAUCCGGCUGGAUGGCUGACGGAAAAGUUAUACCAGUUGACCAAUCUUUAUUUAUGCCUCAUGCAACUGGAACUGACACGAUAUGAAGAUCGCUGUCGCAUUCUGAAGGACUAUUACAGUUCGGAUGAUGAUGAUAUUGUCGUUUCUGGUGAGGACAUGUCUAAGCUCCAAGUAAUCGUCGACCGCAUCAGUCGACAGGUCCCCGAGAUCGGCCUAGAGAUUUGUCUUNUGUCCGGACAACAUGGUGAUCUAGAUGUGGAUUUGGCCGAUAUACCUGAAGUGUUCCUUACCAAAGUGAAUUUAUUGCAAUCCAGGGUCAGCCUGAAUGAGAUUCACGCGUCACUGACCAAGAGUGGCCCCGGCUUAUUGAAAUCUAUGUCUCCUGUUCCCGCAACCGGAGCUGCGGGAAAAGCGGGAGGAAAAACUGCUGGCAAAGCCACAGUGGCAACGGGGGAUAAGGAAAAGCCAUGUCUACCAAAUGCAUCCGCACUGUGUGUGGACAAAUGCGUGAUACCAACAGUACAAGAAGCUCAAUUUCUUUACAACGCUUGCCUCUGUGCAUUGCAAAUUGUGUUGAAUCAAUACCAAACCGAACUUUUAGCACGAUCGGCUGAGGCAGCAACUGAUGGACUAGCUGGUGGAAAGGCAGCUCACGGAGCAACAGAUGAUAAGAAUAAAGCCGGGACUGGUAAAAAGCCUGGUCGAAAAAGCGCGACACCCAAAUGUCGGGUGACGAAAACAGAGGAGCCACCUUUGUCCGCCGCCUCAGCAGCGGUAUUCCGUCUCACGCUCAUACGAGCGCAGGCCUGUACAGUACUUUCUGAUUUGAAGAUGAAGGUCAGCGAUACAGAAAAACUCAUGGCCUACUGGAUCGGAGCUCGCAUACUACGCGAACACGAGGCUGUAAAUAACCUGGUGGAAUAUGUGCGAAAAGCAAUCGAAUCAGAACUAAAAUUGGAUGCGCCUUUGAUUCUAGAUGGGGAACACUUCUGCUUGCAGAAGGAGGAAAUUUCAGAAUCGCGUCAACAAGAUUCCGUCAUUGGAACCCUUACCCAAUCGGAAACACAUGACAUUUCCACUGUGAAUCCAGGUUACUUCACGCUGGAUCAACUGGAAUGUCUUUUGAAAAAGUUUCAAGAACGUGCGCCUUCCGGAUACAUUGAGACGAAGUCAUUUAACAACUUGAUUCAACUGCUCAUUAAAUCGCGCCUGUUACAAAUAGCCGGUCCAAUUUCUUCUGAUCAGCUGGAAGAAAUGGGACACAUAUUAACCCGAUUGUAUCAGGCUAAUUUUGAGAACGACAACAUAACUAACCGAGCAGCGUCCAUCCCCAAAACGAAGAAUUCCGAAUCGAAUGCGGGCACUUUGUCCUCCUUCGUGGAUGUGGUUAAAAUGAAGGAGGAAGCUAGUUUCUAUGUCGACUGGCGUCGUUUUCUACUCGCGGCCACUCAGUCCCAUUUGGUCUUCAACCCGGAAGCAAGACCAAUUCAGGCCAGUUUGAUAAAUUUAGCCAAACACCUGCAUGAACUGGAUCAACAAGAUCAUCAAUCAACGAAUAUCCUUAACACCAUGGUCACACGAGCUCAGUUUCAAUUCUUACCUUUCCCGUGGUAUCCAUCCAAUCUAGAUUACUAUCGGAAACUGCAAAACUUUAUCUUUUCCCUGUUUGUCGACCCCCCGGGCAUGGAACCUCAACCACAAGAGUCAUUUGAUUCGAAGAACGACCAUGAAACUGGUGAUUAUCAUCCAUCUGAAAUACCCAAGUUGAUCACUUCCGACUCGACAGGGUGCUUGACUUCAAAUAGUCCAUCUGUGUUGGAACAGCGUAUUCGUUGUGCGGAUGUGCUACUCUACCUAGCCACCAUCAAGACACCAAAUGGAUAUGUGGGCCUGCUACGCGCCAUGGCUUCUCUGUUAUUGCGUCAUGUACCCCACGAGGCCAUUCCGGAACACAAUGAGGAAACACAAGUUGAUCCGGAAUCGGAAGGAGUUCCGGAUAACGUUACUGAUGAUUUUCCAAUUCCAAAAUCUGUCCUUGAAACUGACAAACUGGAUCAAAUUUAUACCGACUUAGGCGCGGACGAUUCGAUCGGUGAUCCGGUUGUAACAUUCUCUAAUGUGAUUAAGCAUCCGGACUAUUUGGCAUUGAUCCUUUCGGCAGCUCCCCGAUUUCAGUUGAAUUUAUUUCCCGAUCCGUGGCCCAGUCUGAUUCGGAUGUGUGCACAACCGGCAGGUUCGAGUAGCUCAUCCACUGACUACGAUAGUGCGAGCAAAAUUUCCCUUUCAUAA